CUAAGAUCCGUAAUAUUCGGUACCAGGGCGGGUAUUGGACUGUAUUGAAUUAUUACAUCACUUCGCUCGUUUCAAUUCAUUCACAUUCAUCUUGCGCAACCAUUAUUCUCCCACAUUGACACUCAUUUCUCCCCCGCCUGGUCUCCCUCUGUGCUCGCUCUCCCUUUGAUCUUGUUGUAGACCUAGGCUGCGCUUGUGUCAUCUUGCCUAGCCACUUGUCUUCUCUUGUCCUGUUUCCCGGUCUGUCGCAUGUCUUCAAGGCCUCUGGUUCGCUUGAUCAACACCACUACGGUACUCACCAGCAUCCCAACCCGCUCCCUACCGCCACGGAAUUUCCGAUUCCAUAUCCCAUAUCCCAGGCUCAUAUCUCUGCAUAAGAUCCCCAGCAUUGCGUUCCCUCAUUCGAUUUUCAAUAAUUCCCUCGCUCGUUCCUGUUUUUCUUCCAGACGACGCCACCUAUCCUCCAGUUCUUCUGCCUCUUUCCUCUUGCUCCAACAACAACAGCAACAGCAACAGCAGCAUCAAGUUCACCCUCUAUAUCAAAAGCCCCAGCACACUAUGGCAAUAGUUGAACGCCUUGCUGAGGACCUCGAGAAACCCUCUGUCGACGAUCGCUCCUAUCGUGUUAUCCGCCUUCCAAAUAAGCUCGAGGCUUUGCUUGUCCAUGAUCCUGAGACGGAUAAGGCGAGCGCUUCGGUUAACGUCAACGUUGGGAAUUUUUCAGACGAUGAUGACCUCCCAGGAAUUGCUCAUGCUGUAGAACAUGCUCUUUUUAUGGGAACUAAAAAGUACCCAAAAGAAAAUGCUUAUAACCAGUACCUAGCAGCACAUUCUGGACAUUCAAACGCAUACACUGCAGCAACGGAGACGAAUUACUACUUUGAAGUAGCCGCCACAGCAACUACGCUUUCCAAAAACGCCCAGGCGACCACUCCGACCACCCCGUCAACACCCGCAGAGGUGGAACCAUUGACGGAUGGCCUUUCAAGGUCGACCCUACCUGCUACUACUACUGUGGCCGACAGCGCAGCAUCCUCGACCAGCGAUUUGGUCCCCCCGCUUUAUGGCGCCCUUGAUCGAUUUGCUCAGUUCUUCAUCGCUCCACUAUUCCUAGAGUCUACUCUCGACCGCGAGCUCAGGGCCGUGGAUUCAGAGAAUAAAAAGAACCUCCAGAAUGAUGCCUGGAGGCUUAUGCAGCUCAACAAAUCACUUUCUAAUCCCAAACACCCCUACCACCAUUUUUCCACUGGAAACUUGCAAACGUUGAGGGACGGGCCGCAGUCACGUGGUGUUAACGUACGUGAUGAAUUCAUCCGAUUCUACGAAACAAAUUACUCGGCAAACCGUAUGAAACUAGUUGUGCUGGGUCGCGAAUCACUGGACGAGCUAGAGGGGUGGGUUACAGAGCUGUUCGCCGAUGUUAAGAAUAAGGAGCUGUCACAAAAUAGAUGGGACGAUGUACAACCAUACACCCCGGCGGAUCUGCAGAAAAUCUGUUUCGCCAAACCAGUCAUGGAUACUCGAUCUUUAGAAAUUUUCUUUCCUUACCAGGAUGAAGAGAAUCUGUAUGAAUCCAAACCGUCCAGGUAUAUCAGUCAUCUGAUUGGCCACGAAGGACCUGGUAGCAUUCUUGCCUAUAUCAAGGCAAAAGGUUGGGCAUAUGGCCUUUCCGCUGGUGCAAUGCCCAUCUGCCCAGGCUCCGCAUUCUUCACGAUAUCCGUCCGUCUUACAGAGGACGGUAUCAAUAACUACCAUGAAGUCAUCAAAACUAUUUUUCAAUACAUUUCCAUACUCAAAUCACGAGCGCCCGAAGAAUGGAUUUUCGAAGAGAUGAAGAAUCUCGCGGAGGUCGAUUUCAAAUUCAAGCAGAAAUCCCCGGCAAGUCGUUUCACGAGCACCCUCAGCAGCGUAAUGCAGAAACCAUUCCCUCGUGACUGGCUCCUCAGUGGGCCAAAUUUGAUGCGGAAAUUUGAUGAACAAGCCAUCCGACGCGGUCUCGAUUGCUUCCGUAUCGAUAAUUUCAAUAUUGAACUUAUUUCGCAGACGUAUCCUGGGAAUUGGGACUCCAAGGAGAAGUGGUAUGGGACCGAACACAAAGUCGAGAAGGUCCCGGGCGACCUACUCUCUGAGAUCGGACGCAUUUUGGAGUCCCCUUCAUACAACCCGAUGCCAGAACUUCAUUUACCACACAGGAAUGAAUUCGUCCCGACGCGCUUUGAAGUUGAGAAAAAAGAGGUAGCGGAACCGGCAAAGAGGCCCACCCUCAUCCGGAACGACGACCGUGCUAGAGUAUGGUUCAAGAAGGACGACACUUUCUAUGUCCCUAAAGCAAGUGUUCAAAUCGCCCUUCGGAACCCGCUGGCUUAUGCUACCCCGGGUAACAACGUCCUUACAAGAAUAGCGUGCGCUUUAAUCCAAGAUGAUCUUCAAGAGUAUUCCUACGAUGCUGAGCUAGGUGGACUUGAUUAUAACUUGACCGCCAGUGUAUCCGGUCUCGAAAUGUCAGUGUCCGGGUACAAUGAUAAGAUGGCAGUGCUCUUGGAAAAGGUUCUACACAGCAUGAGGGACUUUAAAGUCAAGCCUGACCGAUUUAAGGUUGUUAAGCAGCGAAUGGCCGACGCCUUCUCGAAUUCUGAGUAUCAGCAGCCCUACUACCAGGUUGGGAAUGUGACAAGAUACUUGACGGCAGAGAAGACUUGGAUUACCGAGCAACUGGCAGCUGAGCUGGAACACAUUGAACUCGAAGACGUGGCCGCUUUUUUCCCACAGCUGCUCCGUCAAACCCACAUCGAACUUCUGGGCCACGGUAACCUCUACAAGGAAGACGUGCUGAAAAUGGCUAACAUGGUGGAAUCAUCAUUCCAUUCCCGCCCAUUGCCCCAGUCCCAAUGGCACGUGCGCCGAAACAUAAUCAUACCACCGGGAAGUAAUUUCAUCUACGAAAAAACCCUUAAGGACCCCGCAAACAUCAACCACUGCAUCGAAUAUUACCUGUUCGUAGGCGAUAUAAUGGAACCACAACUACGCGCCAAAUCACUCUUAUUCGGGCAACUUACCAACGAGCCCGCAUUCGACCAACUACGGACACAGGAGCAGCUAGGCUACGUUGUGUGGAGCGGCAUCCGGUAUGGCGCCACCACACUGGGGUAUCGGGUCAUCAUCCAAAGCGAGAGAACAAAUCAGUACCUAGAGUCUCGCAUCGAGGCAUUCCUAGCCCGCUUCGCGGGGACGUUGGACGGCAUGACCGAUGAGGAAUUCGACGGCCACAAGCGAAGUUUGAUCAACAAGCGCCUCGAGAAGUUGAAAAACCUGAAUUCUGAAACGAAUCGGUUCUGGUCGCAUAUCGGCUCCGAGUACUUUGACUUUACGCAGCAUCAUACUGACGCGGAGAAAGUGUCGGAAUUGACCAAAGGGGAUAUGGUAGAGUUUUACCGGCGGUAUAUCGACCCACAAUCACCGACGCGUGCGAAAUUAUCCAUCCAUCUAAACGCGCAAUCCAGUGUGCAGCACAAGGAUGUUGAUGCUGGUGUCGUAUUGAACACAGCGGAUGAGCGCAAGACGAGCAUAAUCGAACAACUGUCAGACAUCGCAUCACAAUCAUUGACAGAGUUCGACAGCGACAAGUUUAAAGCAUCAUUCGCCGAUGUGAAUUUCAUGACAAGCGACGUUGCGACGAAUAAGGACGUCAUCAUUUCAGCGGUCAGAGGCUUCCUAGAGACCGAACUAAAGCUUGAUAGUGAGAAGGUAGCUAGCAUCCUCGCGCCGACUACCAAUGUUCUCAAUGAGCUAUUACAAGGGUUUGUAAUCAUGUCGCCUCCAUCCACGACUGGUGAUGCCACCUCCCCUGCUAUCGAGAAAGCUAACGGGACCGUCAACGGGACGAGUAACGGGACGAAAAAUGGCGCUAUGAAUGGUCAUGUUGUUGCGACGCCACCGGCAAUAACAAACCCGGUGCAGCCGGUGUACAUCACUAACGUACCGGAGUACAAGGCGCGUCUUCCCAUUAGUGCUGGGCCGUCUCCAAUCGUGGACCUGAGCGAGUUUGAAGAAAUUGAUCCGAAGUUGUAAAGUCGCCUUCCCUUUACUGCUUUUAUAUUGUUUUUGCCCUUAUAUUUUGUGUUGGAUGACGGUUGCUCGAUGGAAGAGGGAGGUUUCGGUUUAGGAUCAAUCCAAUCAAUCAGCCAGUGGGAUAUGUAAAGUGAUUAUUACCUUAUGUGAUUCUGUAACUACCUAGGGCGCUUUCCGGGCUAUAUGUUUCUCAUUGAUUUGUUUCAUUUUUUCCAUCCUUCUGUUUUCAUAGAUAUACUCGGAGCUUCUGUAUUCCAUGUCGCCUAUAUUUUGCGCGGAAAUAGCUAUAGAGGGUAGGAAGUUACAAGGCUGUUAGUUAAUGGGCGAUGUGUGUGUGCCUAUAGUUAUAGUUACUAUUACAUACAACGCCUAGGGAAGUUAAGGUUUCUCAUAAAUGCUUACCUGGUAGCUCACCCUCAAGCUUCCCAUAUCCUACAACACCCGCACGAAGGCGUAUCCAUGGACAAUGUAUGCACAUGUACAAGUAGCCAUAGCACCCAAACAGAUUCAAUGAGGGGUUUUGGAACAGUUCAAGUGUUGAGCCGCGCAAUUUCUUGUCAUACCUAUCUGGAAUUGCGAAAUUUCCUUUCCUCAUUCUUCUUUGUCACUGCUUGUCCUCUUGCCUAUGUAUGGGGGCAACUCAUCAUCAUGAAUACAGUGAUCAGAUUCUCAUUUAUUUAUUGAUUGGUUGUUAGGUUUGAAACAUUUGUCUGCAUUGU